CAACCAAGAUCAACAGAUGCUACGCAAAUAAAACAAAAUCUACGGCGCGCUUAGUCAGAGCCCCCCUCCGCUCCAAGCGGGAGCCGGAGAUCACGCGGUGGCGAUCUCGCCUUCCAUCUCUUUCAGAUAAAUCGUUAGUUUCUGCUUCCAUCCGUCGGAUCCCUUCGCCACUCCGCGUUUUUAGUCCCCUGAACCUCUUACUCUCUCUCUUCUGGUGCAAGUCCUCCACGCUUCUCUUCGUUUUUUUUUAUCUGCUUUAUAUUGUCUGUGUACUUUCAUUGUUCUGAGAAAGGCUCGGUUGUGUCGUGCAAGCAAGCAGAAGAGUGGCGUUUGGGUGUGUGUUUUUAUUCCUGUUGCUUGUUGUAGGGAGUUUGAUUCCUAUUUUUAUGAGAUCGGGGAAGGGAGGGAGUAGUGGCGGUUUAGGGUUUAUUCAUUGGAAUCCUCUUUUUUUGGGUGUGAUUUAAUUUUGGGGGGAAUUUCGGUUAAUGGAUCUGUGUUUCUAGAGACAUCUUCAAGUAUUUAGUGGAAUUGGGUGGGGUCUAUGGGCUGUUUUUGCUCAAAGGGGAUCGAAGGAGAGAAGCUAGUCCACGGCAGGAGAAAGAAGCCCCUGAAGAGAUUGGCUGCUUCAUCUGAGAAAGAAGACACAGUGGUAACGGCUGUCGGUGUAAGUUUGGGUACGGAAUCUAUUGAUCGAGGGAGGGAAAGGCUGAUACCGGAGCCGGAAGAGAAUGGCAUCAACCCGUAUCCUCUCCUGCUUGGUAAUGGAACCGUGAAAGAUGCAACUACGUUUGAAAAGAGCAAGAAGGUUGCAGUUCAAGAGAGAUGGGAUAGCCGUGAUGGGUGGGCGGAACAAGUUGGCCUGGUUUCAGUUGGUGAUGAGGCUGGAGAUAAUCAGCAGCAGAAGCAACAGCAGCAGAAUCUAGUGAUCCCCAGUGUGAAAAAUGGGACUAUUGCGGAGCAUGUAGCAGCUGGUUGGCCGUUCUGGCUCACUAAGGUUGCUGGGGAAGCAGUGAAAGGGUGGCUGCCUAGGAAACUUGAUUCUUUCAUCAACAUGGAAAAGAUUGGUCAAGGAACUUAUAGUACCGUUUACAAAGCCCGUGAUCUACUCACUGGCAAGAUUGUUGCACUUAAGAAAGUGCGGUUUGUUAAUUUGGAUCCUGAUAGUGUUCAAUUCAUGGCAAGGGAAAUUUAUGUUCUCCGUAGGCUUGAUCAUCCUAAUGUUAUCAAACUUGAAGGUCUAGUGGCUUCAAAAAUGUCAAACAGCCUGUGGCUUAUAUUUCCAUAUAUGGAGCAUGAUCUAGCUGGACUUGCAGCUAGACCUGGGAUUAAGUUUACUCAUUCUCAGGUUAAGUGCUUUAUGCAACAGCUAUUCAAUGGCCUAAACCAUUGCCACAAUAAUGGGGUUUUGCAUCGAGAUAUCAAGGGAGCAAACCUUCUCUUAAAUGAUGACGGCAUACUUAAAAUAGCAGACUUUGGUCUUGCUACAUUUUUCAGCAAUGAACCAAAGCACCCUUUAACAAGCCGAGUUGUAACCUUGUGGUAUCGACCUCCUGAACUUCUGCUGGGUGCCCAAAAGUAUGGAGCUUCUGUUGAUUUGUGGAGUAGCGGUUGCAUGCUUGCGGAGCUGCUUUGUGGGAAGCCUAUCAUGCCAGGAAGAACUGAGGUUGAACAACUGCACAUGAUAUUUAAGCUGUGUGGUUCACCUUCAGAAGAAUACUGGAGGAAGUCGAAGCUGCCACAUGCUACUAUCUUUAAACCUCAACAUCCUUAUAAAAGUAAUAUUAGUCAGGAAUUCAGGGACUUUCCGUCUACUGCUGUAGCUCUUUUAGAAAGAUUGCUUGCAGUAGAUCCAGCUGAUAGGGGAACUUCUUCUUUGGCCCUCGCAAGUGAAUUCUUUACUGUGGAGCCAAUUGCAUGUGAUCCUUCAGACUUACCUAAAUUUCCUCCUAGCAAGGAGCUUGAUGCUAAGAAGCUUCGGGAAGUGGAAGCUGGAAGGCAAAGAGAGGCAGCUAAGAUGGGAAAUGACCGUGAAUCUGGAAGAAAAGAGUUGAAAAAUUCCAACGGAAUGGCAAUUUUAGAUGCGAAUGCGGAAUCACAGCGUUUGCAUAAGAAUUCUAGAAGCAGCAGUGUUAAGCACAAACCACGGGAAGAUACUAGCUUUUUUUUCCUGAAUGAUCAUCCUAGAGGAAUGACGGAGAACGGCUUUGCACGCCGUGAAGGAUAUGGUCUGUCUGUGAGUAAGAGCUCGAAAGAGGAUUCACGGCACGCCGUGCCUGGACUUUUGUCUUCAAAUUCUGGCAAAUUGAAUUCUUCAAGGAGUCAGAGAUCUCACUUGACCAAUGGAAAAGUUGCCAGGUUUUCUGGCUUAUCAGGUCCACUGGAAAGUAGCCUUGCCUCAACAAAGUUUCCUAAUCAUAGAGAUGGUCAUGAUCAAUCCUACCAUUCCAGGCAGCUUCAAGUUUCAUCACACAAUCAGCUUGAUGUUGGAAAUGCUUCUGCCACUUACCAGUUAUUUAAUAGGCGUUCCUCUUCUCAUAAGAGGGAUGAGAGAGGAAGGGAUUUGACAGCAGCUUAUGAGCACAAGAGAAACAGAAUAAUGUACUCAGGACCAUUGAUGCCCACAGUGGACAACAUUGAUGAAAUGCUCAAAGAACAUGAGAGGCAGAUCGAACAGGCAGUACGCAAAGCUUGCAUCAAGAGAAAAAAUGAUAAAAUGUAUGGUGUGAAAAGCCAGUCUGAAACCUUGCUCUUGACUGGCAGAAUUUGAAGAUAUGCUUAAAGGCUAAAGCUACUGAUUUCAAAUAAAUGGCCUUCUAUGGAGCUAAGGAAAUUUCAUCAAAUGGGUAAUUAAUUUCUUCACUAAUUUAUGUUUGUUACCAUAAAUUAGUUCACAUACUAAGUAAAUUACACAGCUGACUUGUUUUUGUUGGCUGAAAUAUCCAGUUUAUAGGUCAAUUUCACAGCUGCUUAAUGCUUUUAUCCUCCAGUUAGAGCUUUUAGAUUUUUUUUUUUUUUUUUCAUUUCUUUUGUUUCUUUUUAUCUGUAGGAAAAGUUAUGAGAUAAAAUGUUAGGUUUUUUUGGCCAUUUGGCUUAGUUGGAAUGUUACAGAGGACAUUAUUAACCUGAAGUAUGUGGGAGGUUGAAAAAAUGGGCCUCCCCUGCUACAGGCCUGGAAUUGAAUCUAUUUAUUUAGCUGGUUACUUUUGUACAUAAUAUGUAAAGUUCUUUUAGCAGUUUCUUUA